CCGCAACCUCAUGACAUCUCAACAUAUUGUCUCGACCCAAACUCCAAUCCUCUCACAAGGCCAUCCAUGAUCCUGGAUCCAUCCCGAGGGCGAGACAAUUCAGCAAUCUCUCAAUCAAUAGAUUAACGCCAACGUCAGAAAUGAGCGAUCCCUCGUCAUUUCAUCAAUUCGACACCAUCAAGGACAUUGACCCCGGUCGAAAUGUGACGAUCUCCUUUUCUGGCCGAUACUACAUCACGUUGAAAGAACACAUUGUUGGACUCGACUUGACCGCUGUGUUCAAGGAGAGUGCCUCAAAACUGGACGUCAUAUUCAGAGGGUGGACAUUUGCAAGCUUGUCGCUAAAGACAACGCUCCAUUCGCGCUGGUGCUCCGAGCGGUAUCCGAGGAUGAUCGCUGUGCGCUGGAAUGGCCAAUAUCGCCGGUGCCAUGGAAUGUCUUGUGCUGCUUUCCUCCCUCGGGUUCUCAUGAUAGAAGAACCGCGUGCUAUAUGGAAUUUUGGCUGGAUUUCUGAGUUGAGCCUCUGGGGUCCUUUCUUGAAUAAGAUUUCGAAAGUGGCACUGCCAGCCGGGGCUGGUAUUCACCUGGUUGGGAACGGGCAGCUCUGCUGUACAGCAACUUUUAAAAGGUCCACAAACACCGUCAAUUUUCACCUGGCCCAACUAUUCUCUCGAUUGGACCGAUCAACGCAAGGUGGAGCGGCUUUAGUGGUCGUCGCGGUAGCCUGUCACACUCGUCACCUUUCCUCGAUGCCUUUCCCAUCAAAUACCGCACGCCUACUACGCAUGUCCUCGGAUCCAAAUUGUUGAUGCCUGUUCUAAGCCAUCAGAACAUUUAGAACGUGCCCAGUAAGGCAUGACAAGGCCUCAAGGAGCCCGAGCUACGUAAUCCUAGAGCACCGGACGCCGAGUUCCCUUAGCCACAAGUC